AUGGAGGCUGUAGGCGUGACCCUUGGUGCGGUGACGUUGGUAACGACGUUCGAGCAGUUUCGAUCGCUGUACAAAAUCUGCAAACGGUUGCGAAGAUUCAAAGAAGGCAUCGAUGAUCUCUUGGACGAGUUGGUGAUCCAACAGGCUGUCUUCAAGCACGAAACCUGGACGCUAUUGAUCUCAGCUCUUGGUCGCAGUACCGCUUGUAAGAUGAUGGAGGACAAUACCCACUUUGCCUGGUCCGAUCCAGAUACGCAACAUCGGCUGGAUGUCUUUCUUGGGGACUCUAAGGAGGCCAUGUUCACCGUAGCGAAGAAGAUCACAAAACAAAUGAGAAGCAUGCAACAAGAGCUAUCUCAAUUUAAAGGUCCAAAGGAGAGCACUGAGGGCAAGGCCUAUCGCCAGGGGUUUCGAAACCGCUUCAAGUUCACAUUUUCCGAAGACCGAUUCCGGGGGUUGAUCAAAUCAAUGAGGCAGUCAGCAACAGAUUUCCGGACGAUUCGAGCACAAGCGGAUGAGGUGACGAUAGCGAGACCUGAGCCCGAUUCAAGCAAUACUGUGAACGUAACCCGCAAUCUGGAGAAGGCCAAGGCUACACAGCUCGCGGCGCAACAAGUCCAUGAGGUACUCAGGGAUGUGUGCAAACUUCACAGCAAGCACCAUGUUCAGUUCUGCCUGAAGCCUGUCACCCCGUCAUCCUCAGGCUCCCAAGUCCAGUUCCAGAUCGCUUUUGGGCAUCUCUCGAGAAGGCACGAAUUUCGCAAGUGUGAUCCUCUCUGGUUCAUUGUCGAGUCUGUGCUUACUGGCACAAUCUCUACUAUCCUUGAAUCAACUCCAGCACCAAAUUCCGGAUCCAAGGGCUUAGUCAAGAAACGCUCCAUCUCAGAAGAAUCGUCGAAAUGUCACAGAUCGGGGAGAAGUAAACGUGUUCGUUUUGGGUCGCCUUCUCCGACCGAGCUACAGCCAUCAAAGGCCAUGACAGCCUCAGUAACUUUCGAUAGUCUGCUCGGGAAGGAGAUAAAAUCUGACCUUUGUACCUACCUGCGUACUGUUCAGGAGAAGUUACAACAGCAAGGAGGGUGCAUAGGAGUGCUUCAGUGCUCGAGCAAAUGGCAGCAUCGGGUCCUCCACAGCAGAGGGCCUUAUCGUACCGGCCAGUGUUCGGCAUACGAUGGGAGAAGCCUGGCUAGCCUGUUAUCGCUGAGAGAGCAGUCAAGCAUCGAACCACGUCCGCUGAAUAUCCUGCAGCGUCUAAGGCUUGCGAAAUUACUGUCGACGGCUCUUCUUACUUUUCAUGGUACGCCCUGGUUGGACACUCCUUGGACCUCGCAGGACAUCAUACUAUACAACGUCACCGGCCAACAACCAGCAACAGCGACAAUAUGUGAGCUUGACGCGUUCGUUGAAGUACCAGUUGCACAGGGGAUAGCGGAAGCCGGUCUGGUACACGAUGUCGCAGACCCGCUUUCACCCUUAGUCCACAGUCCUGCCUUGUUCAGGCUCGGAGUCAUGCUCCUCGAGUUGGCCUUCGAGAGACCGUUGAAGUCCAUGCGCACCGCAUUGGACUCGGCACCGGGUAUGCCUCCCAAUACGGCAGACGUGUAUACUGCCUACCGUCUAAGUAAAGAGGUGCCGCUGUCCCUAGGCCUUGGGUACACCAAGAUUGUCGAGAGGUGCCUUUGGUGCGAUUUUGGCCAUGGUUCCAACCUGAGCGAAUCCGCCCUGCAGAUUGCAGUCCAGCAGAAAGUGGUGACAGAGUUGGACAAGUUGCAAUCAGCCCUUCAGGACUUCGCUAUCUACUGA